AUGGCUUCAGUGGAACUGAACACAUCCAACGCAAUGCUGACCUUCUCUGGAAUGAAGGACUUGAGACCAAGAUAUGCUUUUGUUUUCAUUUUUCUGACAGUUUAUCUCCUAAUUCUGGUUUUGAACCUGAUCUUGAUUCUAACGAUAGUGUUAGAAAAGUCUCUGCAUGAUCCCAUGUACCUCUUCCUGUGUAACCUCUGUUUAAACGGACUGUACGGCUCGACGGGAUUCUAUCCCAAUCUGAUUUACAACCUGUUAGCACCUGAACAGGUGAUCUCAUAUAUAGGAUGUUACACGCAGGCGUUUGUGAUUUACACGUCGUUCAUGUGUGAGUACACGACGCUGGUCAUAAUGGCUUACGACAGGUACGUCGCGAUAUGUCGACCUUUAGAGUAUCACAGUAUUAUAGUGUCUCAGACAGUCAUGAAGGCCAUUCUGUACUCAUGGACUUUCCCAAUUUUGGUUACGAUCCCCUCCAGCAUCCUCGCCAGUCGGCUGCCUCUGUGUCGCACGCAGCUCGACAGACUUUACUGCUACAACUGGGCGAUGGUCAGGCUGGUCUGUGUCGCUUCUCCAGCUGUAAACGUGUUCUACGUGUACGGCAUCGCGGUCAUCUGCGUAUUCGCCGCACACGCCGUGUUCGUUUUAGUUUCCUAUCACAGAUUAAUCGUGGCCUGCAGGACUUCACACGAAAGCAAAAAGAAGUUCAUGAGGACCUGCGUGCCACAUUUGGUAUCGCUGGUGAACUUCACCGUAACUUUGCUUUUCGACACGACGUUCACUAGAUACGCGCCGGAGGACGUCCCGGCGGCUUUGCGUUACUUUUUCCAAGUCGAAGUCCUUCUAGUUCCACCUCUGCUUAAUCCGCUCAUGUACGGCCUCAAACUCUCAGAGGUGAGAAGGAGAAUUUUCCAAAGACACAAAUCAAGGAUAAGCUCUUUGUAG